UCUGUGUCGUCCAGGGGGUGAGAGGCCGGGGCGCUGGGCUGGGCUACCGGGGCGCUGGACCGGCGAUUCCUUCAGUCGCAGGAGUGGGAGCGUGGGGUGCAAAACGGGUUCCCUUCAUCGCGGCUCGUUUCCGACGCCAUGGCUCAAAGGGCCUUCCCGAAUCCUUAUCCCGAUUUUAACAAAUCCCUGGCCGAGAGCUACUUUGAUACUGCCGGGAGGCUGACUCCAGAGUUUUCACAUCGCUUGAAUGAUAAGAUUCGAGGGCUUAUUCAGCAAAUGGAGAGAGGCUUAAAGUCAGCAGACCCUCGGGAUGGCACUGUUUACACUGGCUGGGCAGGUAUUUCGCUGCUUUACCUACAUCUCUAUGAUCUGUUCGGGGACCCUGCCUACCUCCAGAUGGCACACGGCUAUGUGAAGCAAAGUCUGAACUGUUUGACCAAACAUUCCAUCACUUUCCUCUGCGGGGACGCAGGGCCCCUGGCCGUGGCUGCUGUGGUGUAUCACAAGAUGAACCAGGAGAAGGAGGUGGAAGGCUGCAUCGCCAGGCUAAUGCACCUAAGUAAGAUUGAUCCCCAUGCUCCAAAUGAAAUGCUUUAUGGACGAAUGGGCUACAUCUAUGCUCUUCUCUUUGUGAAUAAGAACUUUGGUGAGGAAAAGAUUCCUCAAAGCCAUAUUCAGCAGAUUUCUGAAGCAGUCUUAACCUCUGGAGAAACUCUGUCUAAAAAAAAAGGCUUUGCAUCAAAGACUCCACUGAUGUAUGAAUGGUAUCGAGAAUAUUAUGUGGGGGCUGCUCACGGCCUGUCGGGAAUUUAUUAUUUCCUGAUGCAGCCCAGCCUCCGCGUGAGCCAUGGGAAAUUAUAUACUUUGGUCAAACCCAGUGUAGACUAUGUCUGCCAGCUGAAAUUCCCGUCUGGCAAUUACCCUCCAUGUGUGGGUGAUACUCAAGAUCUGCUGGUUCACUGGUGCCAUGGCUGUCCGGGGGUAAUCUACAUGCUCAUCCAGGCAUAUAAGGUGUUCAAAGAGGAACGGUACCUCGAGGAUGCCUGUAAGUGUGCAGACGUGACCUGGCAGUAUGGGCUGCUGAAGAAAGGGUACGGGCUGUGCCACGGUGCGGCUGGGAAUGCCUACGCCUUCCUUGCACUGUACAACUUCACACAGGAUGUCAAAUAUCUGUACAGGGCCUGUAAGUUUGCUGAAUGGUGCUUAGAUUAUGGAGAACAUGGAUGCAGAACGCCAGACACCCCCUUCUCUCUUUUUGAAGGAAUGGCUGGAACCAUCUACUUCCUGGCUGACCUCCUUGUGCCCACGAAAGCCAAGUUCCCUGCAUUUGAGCUUUAGAGGGAAAGCCCACUGCCCACCUGUAACUCACUGCAUGACCCUUUCUUCUGUCAGCCGCGGGCUAUGGCUCUCAUUGCUUUUCAAGAAAACAUAGAAACUAUGUACAUGA